GUAGGCAGUGUGCCUUGUAGAGUGAGUAUACAUGGGUUUUAAAGGGGGUUGAAAGGGGUUUUGACUUCUAAGGGUGCACGAGUUAUGAUCAUCGACAAAUUGGAGAGAAUCAGCAGGAGACUUGCGGUUGGGAGGUGUCGAAGAUGGAAUCCGUUACAGCGCCUCUACUAGCAGUAGAGGAGGGAAUAAGUGCUGGUCUAAAAUUCGCCUCGACAUCAAUCUAUGACAGGAGAGGGAAAUUUUCAAGGUCUCGAGGCGAAAGCUGGCAAAAAUGGGAAAAGGGAGAACAUCAUCAUUGUCACCACUAUGAGGAGCAGCAACACCAGCAGCAGCCACAACAGGCAACGAGAGAAGAUGGCUCCCUGAGGCCAGAAGCAUGUGCAGGGCACUUGCACAAUGGAGAUAAGAAUGAACGGGAUAGGGAGAUUGGAAGAAAACUGCAGGAUUUGAUAAUCGAGGAGGAGAGAAUCCAAGAGAAGAAGCAAGGGAUUACAUUUGCAGAACAUCAAAGCAAUGGAGGGGUCUGGGGGACUAAGGCAGAAGUUCGAGUUGAUGGGAAUCUUCUCGAGAAGCUCCUCAAACUGUUGAGGAUUGCUCGAGCAGAAGGGGCUCUGAUCCUUAUUUUCCUGGCAGUGAUUGACGUUCUUGUUACUUCAUAUGUUGGUACAGUCACUGGAUCAUUCUACAAGGCCUUGGUGGAUCAAGACUUGGCGCAGGAGGGGCUAAAGUUGAGGCCUGUUGAGUACAUGUCCAAGAAAAUGCCGUCUCAGAAGUUGGCUAAGUCCACCUAUGAGAAAGAACUCUAUGCGGUGUUCAAGGCGCUGACCCAUUGGAGACACUAUCUCCUUGGGAGGUUCUUCAUCCUCAGAACUGAUCAUCAGACCCUGAAAUGGAUGAGAACCCAGCCGGUACUCUCUGACGCUCUCAAGUGUUGGAUCGAAGUCAUUGAGCAAUAUGACUUUGACCGUCAGUAUUUGAAAGGGGAGUAUAACAAGGUUGCUGACGCCCUGUCGCGCAGACCAGACUUCUCAGGUGCGCUGAUUACUGAGUUCAGUCUCAUGGACAAUGUUACUCAAUCCUUGAUGGAAGCCUAUCGCGAGGACCAGUUUAUGUUUGAGAUCAUACGCAGACUUGAGGCGAAGGACAAGAAGACGUCCGCCGAGUUUGAGUUGGUUAAUGGCUUGCUGUUCCUUGAGAAGGCAGGGAAUAAACGAUUGUGUGUUCCCAAUAGUAAGUCUUUGCGUAGUUUGUUUCUAGGUGAGUGUCAUGAUGCCACCAGUCAUUUCGGGUAUAAGAAGACCGCAGCCAACUUGCUGCAGCGAUUCUGGUGGCCCACGAUGAUGCGAGAUGCACAGCUGUAUGUGGAGACUUGUCAGGUUUGUCAACGAGACAAGCCCCGUACUCAGGCUCCUCUUGGGCUGCUCAAGCCCCUUCCGAUUCCGGAAAGGCCGGGUAAAAGCUUGUCCAUGGACUUCAUGGAUACGCUGGUCACCAGCAAGAGUGGGAUGAGGCAGAUCUUCGUCAUUGUGGAUAGGUUUAGCAAGUAUGCUAGGUUAAUAGCCAUGCCGGAAACAGCGAAGACCGAGUAUGUAAUCAGGCUUUUCAAAGAGAACAGGGUGAGGGAUUUUGGAUUGCCUAAGUCUAUUGUAAGUGACAGGGAUGUCAGAUUUACAAGUGAAUUAUGGAAGGCCGCUGCAGCUGAACAAGGAACUCAACUGCAAAUGACUUCUGGAAACCAUCCAGAAGCAAACGGCCAGGCUGAACAGAUGAACCGCGCUGUCCAACACCUGUUGAGGCAUUACAUUAAGCCCAACCAGGUGGAUUGGGACGAGAAGCUUGCUCUUGUCGCCAGUCUGUACAAUAACGUUGUACACAGCGCUACUGGGUGUUCAAGUGGAGGAGGGCCCGGGAGUGGCGGAUGCGAAAGUAGCGGGUUGGGGGGUCGCAGACUGGCGUGUGAAAUGUCUAGCAAGUGGGCAGUUGGUUUGCUGGUGGCCUAUUUGUCGGCACCGGAAGCAUCCACCUCUUGCCUGAAGGUGGGCUCUUUCCUCAGGUGUGAGUUCCUUGAGGCGGCCCGGGAGGGUGGUCGGGGGAGGGCGGCUGGAGCGUUCUCUCUUCUCCAUCCGCAUAAGGUGGAUGGUGGAGAGUUUGUCCGAGGAGAGCGUGGUGGUGUCGAGUGGGUCGGAGAGGAUGUCGGGGUCGGGGGUGGAGAACUCGUCCGAGGAGGUGCUGGAGGUGGUGUCCUUGGAGGCGAUGUUGUGGAAGAAGCGAGGACGGGGAGGGGCCGAUGGAAGUGCGGUCUUGUAGGGGGAGAAGAUGCGGUCGAUUUGGAGGGCCCGAGUGAGGAGGUCGGCGAGGGUCAUGGGUGGCUCAUGGUGGAAACGGAUGUUUUGAUGUCGUCCAUGGAUGACUGGAGAGAUGUCAUCAUGCGGAAAAGAGCCGCGAGGUCGAUGGCGGCAUUGGGUGCUGGUGUUUGCUCGCCUGUGAGGUUGCGGGCGAUGCUGUCGACGGAGUCGGUGCGGAUGCCGGACAUAUCAAUGCGGGAUGAUUGGGCCAUGGUGGGGGAGGAGGCGGUGGUAGCGGCAGCUGAGGAGUUAGCAGCAGAUGAGGUGGACGCGGCGGCAGCAGCGGCGGCUUCGGCGACUACGUGUUGGGAGUUCCUGGUUGAGCGUGGCAUGCCCGGGGGGGGGGGUCCAUUUUACAAGAGCAUCCAAAGAAGAUAAUUAAAAAAAAAAAAAAAAAAGGAUUAAUUCCGAUUCGAAUUAAUUAAUGUUAUUCGAGGUUAAUUCGAGAAUAUGCCUUGGGAAGAAAUUCAAGAAGAAUCCGAAGGAGAAAACUUGCAAAACGAAAAUUUCCAAAAAUUUUCGCUGAAAAUAUCGGAAAGGAGAAAAGGAAAUAAGAAAAAUAAAUUCUGAUUUGGGUUUAAUUUUAUUCGAAAUUAAUUUGGGGGUAUGAUUUUACAAAAAUGUGAAAAUUUUGAAAAAGGAUUUAAGUAAUGAUAAAAUAUUGCCGAAUUU